AUUUACCACAUUGUCUGUCAGCGGUGACACCACCCUUGAAACAGCUGUUGAAGUUGAUGCAACUCUGUCAAUCGGCACAACUGCAGAGGUACCUAAGGUUAUUUUUAGCACAGCUCAGACCCAGGAAAGUGAGGUGACAGAAAAAGAUACAAGCAGCACAGAGAAACCAUCAGUUGCUUUAAUGUCAAAUGUAACACACACAGACGAUGAAAGUUCAGGUGACCAGACCCCAGAUAUGUUUACCAAAGGGUCUGUUACUGCAAUGGUUUCUUCUGAACACAGCACAGUCGAAGCAGAACAAAUGACAUCCACGACUAAAGUUUCUUCUCUGUUUAGCACCGAGAAGCCAAAACAAAUAGUGACCACAGCAUCACAUGAAACUGCAACAGCUGAGACUGCAAGAAGUGCUACAACUAUAGACACUUCUCUGUUUAGCACUGAGAAACCAAGUCAUAUAACGACUUCAGUAUCAAAGGAAAUUGAAACAGCGGAGUCGGAAAUGGCUGCUGCUACUGCUACAGUUUCUUCUCUAUAUAGCACUGAGAAAAUUGCUCAUGUUGAGACUACCAUCCUAGAGGAGGAGAGCUCAGGGUAUCUGACUUCUGAUAUGUUUACUACUCAGUCAGCUGCCACCCCUCCUUCUCCAGUGUAUAGUACAGUCAGACCAGAACAGCCAGAGGCACCAUCAAGCUCAGAAAUUCCUUCAGUUGUUCCCAUUAUUGAUAAAACAGAGACAAGCACCAUCCUCACUUCAGAAGAGGAUACAAGCUCAAGUGGAGCAACAGCCGAGAUGUUCACCAAGGACUCUGUUGCAACAACUGCAUCCACAUCAGAGUCAGUUAGUGCUUCCACUACAUCAAGACCAACAGUGACCUCAAGUUCAAUCUUGACCAUUACAGAGGAAGAUGGUUCUGGUGACCAGACACCUGAUAUGUUUACCAAGGCACCAGUGUCAACGAUUGAGUUUGUCAGUAGAUAUACCACUGUUCAUACAUCUACGGGACAGGUGAUGGAACAAACCGAAGCAUCUACACAGUAUACCUACAGCACCUCUUCACCCAGGGACUUGGAGGGAUCUGGAAUCUCAAAGACAGAGGAUGACCAAGAGACAACUCAGCCAGAGGGUUCAGGUGUUCUAGAAGUAGUUGAGACCACCAGUAAACCACAGGACCAGUUCGCUGUAGCCACAGAUGAGACAGAAGUCAAAGAGACCGAGAGUAAAUCUGAGGCUCUAAGUGUUGCAUCCUCAACAGAAUCCGCACAGCUCAGCCAAGAAUCUACAUCAACCCAAUACCCUCUAUCCACUAGCACAUCUGAGACAAUAGAACCAGCUACUGCUUCAUUGUCCGAGCAAGGAAGUGGAGACUUCACAGAACCCUCUAUUUCAGAAAGUGAUGCCACAGAGGUUGAGAGUUCAGGUGAUGACACAUCUGCUAUUACAACAGCCCCACUGCAUACUACAUCAUCGUUAACAGACUUAUUGAUUACAAAAUCAGUAAGCACUGAAGUAACUAAUGGAACCAAGGGGGUUGAGCAGACAGAAGAACCAACAGGCACAGAUGGACCUUCAGCUGGCCCUGUCUCAAGUGUGAUAACCUCAGUGGUCACAUUCACAGACGAAGAGAAGUCUGGCAACCUGAUACCUGAAAUGUUUACCAAGGAAUCUACGACACCAACAUCACUAUGGUCAGAUGCAUUGAUGAUCACAUCUUCCUCCCCAAUCAUCAGCGGUGACCAAUUCCAAAGCACAACUGUAGGAACAGUCAUCACACCCACAGAAGAAAUAUAUGAAACGCCCAUAGACUCUCCCACUGCAGCAGUUGAAACUUUGGAGCCUUCUUUGGACCAAGCAACUGGACUAGCAAGCACGUCAUCACCAUUUGUCACUGCAUUCACUUACGUAAACAUGACGGUCUCGGGAACCUCAGCAACAGAGGAUGACCAGGAGACAAGUAAACCUGAAGGGUCAGUUGAGGAGGCACCAGUGGAGACCACCACUAAACCACAGUACCAGUUCACUGUAGCAACUGAUAAGAAUGAAAUCAGAAAGACUGAGAGCACAUCUGAGACUCCAGGUGAUGAUUCUUCAAAAGAGUUUACACAGUCCCAGGAAUCCACAUCAACUCAAUCUCCUUCCAUGUCAAGCACAGGUAAACCAACAGAGGCUUCCACAGCCUCUUUCACAGAGCAGGGUAGUGGUGACUUGACAAUAGACUCUAUAGCUGAGGAUGAACGGAGAGAGCACGAGAGUUCAGGUGAAGACAUCUCAGAUGUGUCCACUAAGCAACCUGCAAGCACAACUGCUCCUCUCCUGUCUAGUCCAGCAACAACAAUGGAGGAAUUUACCACAUUGUCUGUCAGCGGUGACACCACCCUUGAAACAGCUAAUGAGGUUGAUGCAACUCUAUCAAUCAGCACAACUGCAGAGGUACCUAAGGUUAUUUUUAGCACAGCUCAGACCCAGGAAAGUGAGGUGACAGAGAAAGAUACAAGCAGCACAGAGAAACCAUCAGUUGCUUUAAUGUCAAAAGUAACACACACAGACGAUGAAAGUUCAGGUGACCAGACCCCAGAUAUGUUUACCAAAGGGCCUGUUACUGCAAUGGUUUCUUCUGAAUACAGCACAGUCGAAGCAGAACAAAUGACAUCCACGACUAAAGUUUCUUCUCUGUAUAGCACUGAGAAACCUACCACAGCGCAACAGGACACUGCAACAAAAGACAGUGAAAAGACUGCUACAAUUUCAAUAUCUUCUCUGUUUAGCACUGAGAAACCAAGUCAUAUAACGACUUCAGUAUCAAAGGAAAUUGCAACAUUGGAGUCGAUAAUGACUGCUGCUGCUAAUACAUUUUCUUCUCUACAUAGUACAGAGAAAAUUGCUUAUGUUGAGACUACCAUCCUGGAGGAGGAGAGCUCAGGGUAUCUGACUUCUGAUAUGUUUACUACUCAGUCAGCUGCCACCCCUCUUUCUCCAGUGUAUAGUACAGUCAGACCAGAACAGCCAGAGGUACCAUCAAGUUCUGAAAUGCCAUCAGUUGUUCCUUUUAUUGAUGAAACAGAGACAAGCACCAUCCCCACUUCAGAAGAGGAUACAAGCUCAAGUGGAGCAACAGCUGAGAUGUUCACCAAGGACUCUGUUGCAACAACUGCAUCCACAUCAGAGUCAGUUAGUGCUGUCACCACAUCAAGUCCAAAAGACACCUCACGUUCAAUCUUGACCCUUACAGAGGAAGAUGGUUCUGGUGACCAGACCACUGAUAUGUUUACCAAGGCACCAGUGUCAACGAUUGAGUUUGUCAGUAGAUAUACCACUGUUCAUACAUCUACUGGACAGGUGAUGGAACAAACCGGAGCAUCAACACAGUAUACCCACAGCACCUCUUCACCCAGGGACUUGGAGGGAUCUGGAAUCUCAAAGACAGAGGAUGACCAAGAGACAACUCAGCCAGAAGGUUCAGGUGAGGAGGUAGUAGUUGAGACCACCACUAAACCACAGGACCAGUUCACGGUUGCCACAGAUGAGACAGAAAUCAGAGAGACUGAAAGCAGAUCUUGGACUCCAAAUGUUGAUGCUUCAAAAGAGUUCACACAGUCACAGGAAUCCACAUCAACCCAAUCUCCUUCCAUGUCAAGCACAGGUAAACCAACAGAGGCUUCCACAGCGUCUUUCACAGAGCAGGGUAGUGGUGACUUGACAAUUGACUCUACAGUUGAGAAUGAUGGUACAGAGGACGAGAGUUCAGGUGAAGACAAUUUAGACGUGUCCAUUAAGCAACCUGCAACCACGACUGCUCCUCCCCUGUCUAGUCCAGCAACAACAAUGGAGGAAUAUACCACAUUGUCUGUCAGCAGUGUCACCAGCCUAGAAACAGCUGUUGAGGUUGAUGAAACUCUAUCAUCUGGCACAACUGCAGAGGUACCUAAGGUUAUUUUUAGCACAGCUCAGACCCAGGAAAGUGAGGUGACAGAAAAAGAUACAAGCAGCACAGAGAAACCAUCAGUUGCUUUAAUGUCAAAUGUAACACACACAGACGAUGAAAGUUCAGGUGACCAGACCCCAGAUAUGUUUACCAAGGAAACAGGCCAAACAGAAUCCAUUGUGUCAAGCACACCAGGCCCAGAUGACGAGGGUCAUGUCAGCCCAGAUACAGAAACCACCAUCAGUCCAGAUGCUACACAGCCCCCUGCUACUGUGAAUGAUCGCACAACUAUGACUGAUAGCACAACUAUGAGUGACCGUACAACACACCGAUUCCUUAUAACCGAAAGAGACCAUACUUCGACGAAAGCCCAUACAACAGUGAGUGAUCAUUCAACUGUUGGAGACCACACAGUAGCAAGAGACCACACCACUGUCAGAGACCAUACAACAGUGCCUUUUAGAUCACAGUCAUCCACAUUCACUGCUCUCCCCUCUAUUAUAUACCAGGGUGUUACCGACCAGCAGGUCAUGAUAGUCACCCCAACAAGCAGCCAAACCAAAACUGACCAGACCCCCACUAUGGUGCUGCACGGUACGAAACCAUCGACAAGCACAGUUAUCAUAUUUACAGAGGAGGCCGGAGAUGAGGACACACUGUUCUCCACUGUUACUGACAGCAUGACCACAACCCCUGAGAUUAUCACCAAAGAUGAAACCAUCAUUGACGCUGAUACUGUGGCAAUGGUUGAACUCUCCUCACCUCUCUACCCCAGCAUCUUUACAGAGGAAGCAUGGGGAGUCACAGCCAUUACCAUGACACCACAGUCCUCAAUUGCAAUGACAAAAGAACCUGAAGGGUCUGGGACAGAUGACUAUUUGUCUUCCACAAUUGACUCACUGAGUCUGGCCACAACACAAAUCCCAUCAGUCACCUCUGUAGAUAUAUCUGCAGAGGCAAGUGCUAAGACAACAAGAAGGUCUGCAAAAGUUAAACAUUCAGAGACUGUGAGAAUGACCACCUCGUCAUCGGUAGAGGAUGUUUUUAGUGAGGCGUCUACUUCAGUGUUUGUGUCCUCUGUAGCUCAAACCACCCAAGCCAGAGCUCUAUCCACCGAGUCCAGCUCUCAGACGACCUUCACCACACAAAAUGUGGUUAUUGAUGAGUUCUCUGGAGAUGGUGUCACUGGUGAGGAGUCUGAUACAGAGCCUACUCCUUCUGCCCCUGUAUCAUCCCAAGCAUCAACUCUCCCCAUAGAUACAAGCUCACAAACCACAGUUAGCAGUGAGGAAUUCCCGACAGAUGCAAUUGAAUUAUCCAUCACCCCUUCUCCUACUACUGUUAAAGCUAGAGUAGAAGACACAUCUCAUGAUCAUUCUGAAGUGGAGGCCACAACAGUGUCAUCUAGUUCCACCCAAGCCACCAAGGUGUCUGACACGCCUACACAACAGACGCCAGUGUCCACUGAACAAGACAAAGAGACUGUGAAAUCAACCAGCCCAUUGCCUGUUGAUGAGUCUUCAGGAGAAGACGACUCUGAAGGCUCUGGAUCUGAGACCUUCACCUCUGUAGUGGAGACCUCCCAAACCACAAUCCCCACCUCAACAGCUAAUAAGGAGGGUGAAGCGACAGAGAUUACCAUUCUAGUACCUUCAUCUUUAGAGGAGGGCAUCUCUGGGGAUGACAUGAAGACUUCGAAUCCCAAACCCUCUGAAGCCACUUCCUCCCUGUAUAGCAAAGAUAAACCAUCAGUUGCUUCCAUUUUGGAUUUAACCUCCACAGAUGAAGAAAGCUCUGGUGACCCAACCCCUAAAACGUUUACCAAAGAGUCUGUUACUGUACGUUUACAAAUGACAUCCACAACUACGGUUUAUUCUCUGUUCAGCAAUGAGAAACCUUCACUUUCUUCCAUUUCGGAUAUAACCUCCACAGACGAAGAGAGCUCUGGUGACCAUACCCUUGAUAAGUUUACUAAAGCGUCUAAAGCUACCACAGUUUCUCCAGUUGACAGCACUGUCAAAAUGGGGCAGGUAAAAGCCACAACAAUGUCACCUGAAAAAGCAACAGCAGAAAUUGAAAAGACUACAACUACCACAGGUUUGUCUCUGUUUAGAACUGAGAAAACAGAGAAAGCUUCCUCCCAGGCAAGAUUGUCUGUCCAUUCCACUGUUGCGCCAUCUGUAAUGCCCGAUGUGGUGGACCAGUUUGUCACAACUUUUGUCCCCGGGGUGGACGUGACAAAACCUGAAGAAUCUUUCCAACAGGCUAGGUCUGAGAUUGCAUUUACCCAACAUGCAUUUACCCAUACCUCUGAUAUGUCAGUCACUACAACAGCUUCCUCUGUACACAGCACUUUCAAAGCAGAACAAGUGACAACCACAGUAAUGCCACAUGUGAUGUCACCAGAAGAGACUGCAGCCAUUGAUCCGACAGAAACACCAACAGACUCAGAGGAGUUAGUAACUCCUGGUGUUGAUGACACAGAAACAGGUUCUACAGAUGAAGAGAGUUCUGGAGAGGAGCCAAGUCCGAUGACCACCCAGGAUUCUCCUGUAACAGAAGCUCAUUUACACAGUAGCACAGCCAAGCCAUUGCAGACAUCAACAUCAGCUGUCUAUGAAUCCGUGGCUGACCUUACCUCUCCUGAAACAACUGCUGAUAGUGAAGAAACCAAACAGACAGACCUAACAAACACAGGACAGCCAUCAGAUAUUCCCAGUUCAGUGAAAAGCACAGUGAUCUCAGUUCUACCUGAUAAAGAUAAGGAGAGCUCAGGUGACCAAACCCUUGACAUUUUUACCAAAGACUUACCAACUACUACAGUUUCCUCUCUGUUUAGCACAGAGGAACCUACAACAACAUCAAGGGAAACUGUAACAGAAGAGAGUGAAGUCACUGACCAAACUGAGAGACCAUCAGGCUCUGGAAAACCGUCAGCUACCAUCUCCGUCUUAGCUUCCACAGAUGACCAGAGCUCAGGUAACCAGACAAGUGAGGGUUUCACUACAGACGCUUCUUCAACAGAAUAUCCUCUUUUGGCUAGCACAGUGCAGGCAAUUGCCUCUGUCUAUUCCACUGAGGCAGCAUCAGAGUCUGAAGUGGUGGUCCAGUUUGUCACAACAUUUGCCCCAAAACCAGACAUGACAACACCAGAGGAGUCGUUCGAACAGGCCAGGUCGGAGAUAACAUUUACUCAUCGUCCUCAUACUGAGCUCUCUUCUGAGGAAACGGCAUUGCCUACAACCAGUCCCAUGCUGCCUAAGGAAAAUUUAAGCCAGUCUUUAGAAACUAUAACUGCACCUGCACAGAGCUCAGAAUCAAAUUUAGUCUCUACUGCUUCUCCAGUGAAGACUGAUGCUGUUUUGCCCACACCAGAGGCAGAGGAACAAGUUGAAGCUUCAAGCCAGGUACCUACAACAGAGUAUACUUCUCCUAGUGCAGAGGGCAGCUCCGAACAAGAGGCUGUGGUUGAAGAGACAGGUGUUCCUAUCCGUGUUUCUCCUCUAACUGAGAAGGUAUUAGAAACUAAAGUGAACAGUACACCAUCUGCAAUGACAUACAUUGAUGAAAUGGUUGACUAUGAAAGUACCUCAGAGCCAGUACAGGUUAAAUCUAUACCUUCCGUCGUUAUAACCACCACAAAGCCUGAGGUGGAAGUAACAGCGCUCAGAACUGCCCCAACACAGAAUGUCCCAACACAGAAUGUCCCAACACAGACUGUCCCAACACAGAAUAUUGAGAGUGUGUCAUCAAAUUCAGAGAGCAGUUCAGAGACUAGAUCAGAGGAACUGUCCAGCCCAUCUGUGACUCAAUCAGUAUUAGCCUCCUACAGCUUAGAAAGCAGUUUGGAGGAAAAGUUGACAAUAGCUUUAACCUUGAAGCCAGAGAGUGACACAACUGAGGAGACCACCCCAUCCCUCUUUGUGACACAGACAGAACUGACAGCCGCCAUCACUGGUUCACCCUCUCUCACGACUCCUAGUGCUGAAAUUGAGUCAGCCGGUUCUGAGAGCAGUCCAGAAGAAAAUACAGUUUCUGAGAAGCCAGCGAUUGACACUAUGGAGGAAACCACCCAAUCGUCGGCACUGAUUCAGACCAUGGUUUUGCCAGGUGUCACCAGUCCACCAUUUCGCCAGUCUCCAGCCGACCCCGGGGCGGAGUCCCUUAGUGUCGUAAGCUCCUCUGAGAAACAGGAAGCACAGGGUGAAAUUGAGGAAGUUGUUACACCUACCACGGAGAUGCCAACGAGGGAGAAGCCAGAGUACACAACUAAAUCGCCAGCAGGAACACAGAACCAGCCAGAAUCAGUCGCUACAAUCCACAGCAUUCCUUCAUCUGUGUCCGAGGAGGAGGAAACCGUGGACUAUGAUAAUGUAUCAGGACCUACGUUAGUCGAGGGUGAACCACCCAUCAAGGGAGCGGAAACUACCAGCCUGGAUUUGGGGCACACGAUCGUUGGCGAGACAAUUGAAAUUGCAGGCAUCCACUCCUGCACUGAGAACAUUUGUCUGAAUGGGGGCUCUUGCUACAGACGCGGAAGUCUCCCCUCUUGCAGCUGUGCCCCUGGCUACAGUGGAGAUCGUUGUGAAACAGACAUUGAUGAAUGUCAGUCCAACCCCUGUCACAACGGAGCUACAUGCAUCGACGGCCUGAAUUCCUUCACCUGUGUUUGCCUCUCAAGCUACGCUGGAUUCUAUUGUGAAGAAGACACUGAGACAUGUGAAUAUGGCUGGCACAAGUUCCAGGGCCACUGCUACAAGUACAUCCCCCAGAGGAGGAACUGGGACACAGCGGAGAGAGAGUGCCGGGUACAGGGGGCACACCUGGCCAGCAUCCUCUCCCAUGAUGAGCAGCAGUUUGUCAACCGCCUUGGACAGGACUACCAGUGGAUCGGCUUGAACGAUAAGAUGUACGAGAAUGACUUCCGCUGGACUGACAGCACGCCCAUGCAAUAUGACAACUGGCGUCCCAACCAGCCAGACAGUUUCUUCUCAUCUGGAGAGGACUGUGUGGUGAUGAUCUGGCACGAGGACGGCCAGUGGAAUGACGUGCCCUGCAACUACCAUCUCACCUUCACCUGCAAGAAAGGCACAGCCAUUCAUUCUCCCAUCAACCCCUGUGUGUUCUUCCCAGUGGACUGUAACCAGCCCCCUCUGGUACAGAACGCUCGUACCUUCGGCAGGAAGAGGUCACGCUAUGAGAUCAACGCACUAGUGAGGUACCAGUGUAGGGACGGUUUCAUCCAGAGGCACGUGCCAACCAUCCGUUGCCGUGAAGACGGCCGAUGGGACAUCCCCAAAAUCGCCUGCAUGAGUCCAUCAAACUUCCAGAGGGACUUUGCGAGGAGGCAGAGUUACAGUCUGUUCAGUAGCAACAAAUACAAGCGGCGGUCUGACGAGGCGGCGGCCCGACAUCAUCCUCACCAUCGAGGAAGGAGAGAGAGGAGAGGCAGAAGACAAGCAGAAGACAAUGAUCGCCAUGGUUACGCUAGAUUACGUUUACUCAGAACCAGCAUAGCCUAAACCAUAGGAACGCAGGACUGUUAGUUAUGUGGAUAUUUAAAAAAAAAAUGUAAUGAAAACAUUUUAAGAACUUUAAAGAAUGAAAGGACAAAAAGAAGAAACCCAAAGGAUAUUUACAAUUUUUCUUGCAAUUUUGAUGAUGGAAUCUUGGAAUGAUGUGCCUUUUUAAAGAAAUAUUAUUUUAAAGAAUAUUCUUAUAAAGGGACACUAUUUUAUAACAAAGCCAAAGUGGAUACCUUCUGUUGGCUACUGGGAAAGUGUGCUGGAGUUGUACUUUGGACCAAAUAAUGCAUUCAUCCGCAACUAUACGAUUUUUUCCAGUUUAUACAGACAGGAGAGCGUUCAACUCUUACAUUGGGAAAAAGAUACAGCUUUUGUGAAAAUAUAGCGCUUAUGUUAUGCAAAAGAAUACAAUUAAUUUACAAAUAGUCUGUGCUACGCAGGCACUGACAAUCAAAUGAAUCCACAGUACUCAAUCCAUCUCUCUCUUCUCUACAUUAUUCCGGAAAUUACAUUUCAAAGAAAGAGGUUCCAUGCUUGGGUUUAUCUUGUUGUUACACAUGAUUACUGUAUGCAUUUUAUACAGAGUUUUUCAUCCAAUACCACGCUUGGGACUGUCCGAUGACACACGUGACUGACCAAUCAGAUUUCAGAUCACAGAAAGAAAAAUUCAAACAUGGCGAAGGCCCAUCCAAUCAGAAUUUAGAUUGCUGGAGACCUUUUAUCACUAGCUCUUUGUCAUCAGCUGCAGUCUUCAUCCCGUCUCAUCCAUAGAUAUAUAAAGAAUAUAUGAUGCGUUGAUAAUGGGUUAAUGUUUGUGCACAUCCAUUUAACACUUUUGCUUUCUAUUGUAUGUUGAGAAACUAGAGAGGAGAUUUCUAAGUAUUAUUUGACUGAGGGCCAAAUGAGUGUCUCCUCCGAGGCCCUUAAGGCCUUAUACAUUGAAGUGAAGCCAUCGACCUGUAAAUUAUUUGGCUGUGUUGAAUGAAACUAUAGAAGGGAAAGGAGGGUUAUGGAAUGUAUGUUUUCUAGACAAGAUAACCUGGAAUUCCUUGCUACGUUUACAACAAAUGCGAGGUAUUUUAAUGUUACUAAAACAAUGUUAUAAAAAUCCUUUAAAAAAUGAGCUUUGCUUCUGUUUUGCCUGAGGGGGUAACUUUUCUGUUUCCUGACACUGUAGAUGACUCAAGCUCUUCGCUUCCAUGUGCUAUUUUCUUAGGUCAAUGUAAAACUACUAUUGAGAGAAUGUACUUAGUGAAACACUUCGAAAGACUUGAACAAACACCUUUUUUAACAAAAGAUACAAAUAAUUUAUUUUUCAAGCUGCUCUUCCUCUUCUUGCUACGUUAUUGUUUUGUAAGUGAAAUAUUCUGACGAUGCAAUCCCUUGGUCUGACUAGUCUCAAUACUACAUGUAUUUACAUGCUUUGUAGGAGACAGCUAACAUCGCAGUAUCUGAGUCAAUGUGAUGAAGAUAUUGCUUUACUACACACUACGCUAGACAGGCCUGACAUUUAGGGGUCAACAAUGGACCAAAGAGUAGGGCUUCAAUCAGCUGAAAGUUCAGUGUUUCCGUCACAAUAUCACCAAACACGUUGUACAGAUUUAGUGUUGCACAAUUGAUGACGGUCAUCCAGCAGUUGUUGUUUGUCUUUUUUUAUUUGUUGUGUUUUAGCAUUAAAGUGCACAUAAUAACAUUUUAUAUUUACAGUAUAACUUUGUUUUUUACAAUGUGAAAGUCUGGGAUGUUUGAGAAAUACAUUUUUAAAUUAAACAAGACUGUUUUACCUGCUCUCAGUCACCAAAGAAAUAAAAACAAAGG